AUGAAUUCCACAACCGAGCUCGAUCGGCAGAUCGAGCAGCUGAGGAGAUGUGAGUACAUCAGGGAAGCCGAGGUGAAAAUAUUAUGCUCGAAAGCAAGGGAGAUUCUAGUCGAGGAGAGCAAUGUGCAGAGGAUAGAAGCGCCAGUGACAAUAUGCGGGGACAUCCACGGGCAAUUCUACGACCUCCUCGAGUUGUUUCGAGUAGGCGGCAACUGUCCAGAAACAAGCUACCUCUUUAUGGGAGACUUCGUGGACAGAGGGUACUAGUACUUUUAUGUGGAUGUGGUAGUAGUUCUAGUUGCACUUCUAGAUGAGGAUGUUGCGAACGAAAAAUUGUCGUCGAGGAGUGUACUAGUACUUCUAGCAACCUUGUUGACUCAUUCUGCUACACAAGUAGAUCAAAAUCAGUGGUCCAUUAUGACACUCUUCACUUCUCCAGGUUUUACUCCGUCGAGACAUUUCUGCUGCUUCUCGCUUUGAAAGUGAGAUAUCCGGAUCGUAUGUUCCUGAUCCGUGGAAACCAUGAAAGCCGGCAAAUCACCCAAGUCUACGGUUUCUACGACGAAUGCCUAAGAAAGUACGGAUCCGUGAACGUCUGGCGCUAUUGUGUGGAGAUUUUCGACUACCUUGCUCUUUCGGCCUUGAUUGAGGAUCGAAUCUUCUGCGUCCACGGCGGCUUAUCACCUGUGAUCUCAAAUCUAGAUGAGAUCCGCGCAAUAGACCGCAAAUGCGAGGUGCCUCACGAUGGGGCAAUGUGCGACUUGCUGUGGUCGGAUCCCGAGGAAACUCUAGGUUGGGGGCUGUCGCCGCGAGGCGCCGGCUUCCUCUUUGGGGGAGACGUGGUGCGACAAUUUAAUCAGGUGAAUGACAUAGACUUGAUCGGCAGAGCACAUCAACUAGUCAUGGAGGGCUACAAGUUUCACUUCUCAGACGAACAUGCGGGCGGAUCAAAUACUUAUGUUGGCUGGUUGUACUACACUAGUAGACGUACUAGAACAACAUCUAGCAAGAAGUAGAAGAUAAGAUACAGCGCAUAGAAGAAGUUCUUGACAACUUCCCGCGGCUUUUUUUAUCAAGUACAUUAAUUGAUCAUCCCCUUUGAGUGCAUGUGCAACAUCGUCAAGUGGAAUACUAGUAACGCUAGAAAAACCAUUAUGCGAAUAGGCUAUCGCUUUAUUCGAGUAGUCGUGCUUGGUAACUGUUAUACCGAUACAACCGAUAACGAACUUGAUAAAGGUAGAGCGCUAGUUACUUCCAGCGCUAGCCCCUGAUAGAGUAGCGCUUCGCGACUUUAGAUGGUAUUGUUGAUCAAAGCUCCUCUAAUCUCUGAGCGGCCAAGGAGCAGACGGAGGAGCGCAGAAUCCAUCAAGACGGACGGGUCUAGUCACUGUGUGGAGCGCGCCAAAUUACUGCUAUCGAUGCGGCAACACAGCAUCUAUCUUGGAGUUCGACGAAACACUAGCGCAAACGUUCAAGGUCUUCUCUGCCGCACCAAACGAAACUAGAGGAGUUCCCGCCAAGAAGAUCGCGCCAGAGUACUUCUUGUAGUCCCCAGCUAGCACCCCUGCAGAUGAAGUUCCUCCAAGUUGUCAGAAGGUGUUGUUGCAGCUUUGUCAUCCUCCAUAUCACCAAUCUAGAGAAUCAUCCAAAGUAGUAGGAUGAAACUGUAAAGUCGUGGAUAUUACGCCUUCAUUGCCCCCGAAGAACCAGCAAAUAACCCAACAAGAGAAGUGCGUUUCAACAUGCUUCCCCAUGUUCCAUCCUGUGAAGCCAACGCAGCUUCCACACGUGUCUUCGUAUUCACCUGUCAUUGACAUUGCAAAAGUGUACUACCUGUAUCCUGACCUUGACUGCCUCUUCCUCGUCGAAAAUGAUGUUGAAUUUUGUUCGCUUAUUGUUGUUCUAGUACUACUUCGCAGAGACUCAAGACUGUUGAAGAAGAAUGAAAAAACAUGAAUUUUUAUGCUCAUAGUCAUAGUUCG